UGCAAAUUAAAAAGUGAUGAAUAAUACGCAAUGGGUGUUUCAUAAAGACACAAGGAGGGAUUCACAGCGAAUAGUUGUGUGCAAUGUGCUUUGGCUACAAAUUAUCAAGGUGCAGAAGAAAAUGCUAUGAAGUAAUUGGUGAAGACGAACGACUACAGGUUUUCAGCAAGUUCAUAUCUCUAAACACCAAGAACGAACAGGAUUGUUAUCUGCAAACUUUGAUGUCAACUACUGAGGUGAAACAAAGGAGGAGACGAAAGGCCCCUGAAGAAUCAUCAAAACCAGAAAGAGGUGCUACAUUUUUAUACGAAAUUUCUACACCAGAUGGUAAGCAUCAAGUUUGCAAAUUAGCUUUCAUGAACAUUCAUUCUGUGACAAGUGAGAGACUUCGAAGACUGGGUAAUCUUUUGAAAGCAGGAAAACUCCCUCAGGAUCAACGUGGACGAAAUGUUUCAGGCAAUGCCAAACCUGAAAGUGUUAUCAACAUGGUGAAAGAGCAUAUAUCUUCCUAUCCAACCAAAAUAACUCACUAUGGUAAUACUGAGAAGCACUUUCUCAAUGAAAAACUCUCUGUUUAUGAUAUGCAUAAAGCCUUUCAAAAAAAGUAUCCAGAAGUCAGUGUUAAUUACAAAUUCUAUUUGAAAGUAUUCAAGACGCAAUUUUCUCUAAGAUUUGGAUUACCACAAGUUGACACUUGCUGCACAUGUGAAGAGUUGCAGGUGAAAAUCAAGAGUAAGUACCUGAGUGACAAUGUAAAGACUGCUGCAGCUGCAGAAAAAAUGGUACAUCUUCGUAGAGCCAAGAAGUUUUCGAAGAAGAUCAAGGAUAUUACACAAAAAUGUCAAGAAGAUGAAAAAAUAGGUGGACUUUGUAUAGAUUACAUGCAAAAUCUACAACUCCCAUGCAUUCCAGUUCAAGAGACUUUUUACUUGAGACAGCUGACUGUCAGUGUUUUUUGUAUUCAUAACUUGAGGGACAAUAGUGUAACUUUUUUUGUUUAUCAUGAAGGUAUAGGUGCAAAGGGACCUGAUGAGGUGUGCACCUUUCUAUUGAAAUAUAUUGAGUCCUCAUGUGAAGAUGUAGAAAAUUUGCAUUUGUUUUCCGAUGGGUGUGGGGGGCAAAACAAAAACCACACCAUUGUAAGAUUAUGUUCAGCACUUGUUGCAUUGGACAGGUUCAAGAGUGUAGACCAAUACUUCCCUGUUCGCGGCCACUCAUUUCUGCCAUGCGACAGGGAUUUUUCUGUCUUAAAGAGGAAAAUCCGCAGAAGUGAUAGAAUUUUUACCUUACAUGAAUAUAAAGAUCUGAUUUUGUCAGCUUCAAGAAUGAAUGAAUUUUCUGUUGUAUUGGUGGAAAACAAUGAAAUAGUUGAUUUCAAGAACUGGUGGCCGAGAUUUUAUAAGAAAAAAAUGUUGUCAGAUGAAACAACUGGUCGCAAUGUACCCAGAAAUGAGAAAAUUACAUUCCAAAUCAGCAAAUUCAUGCACAUGAGUCACUGCAACGAUGUGAAAGGGAAAGUAAUUUGCAAAACUUUCAUUGAUGGACUCCAGUUCCAGACCUUUUCAUUAAGAAAUUCAAAUCCCUCACAACUAUCUCUUUCUACUACCAGAGCCUAUACAGAUGGAUUAAUUCCCAUCAAUUCCAAGAAAAUAGAGGACAUUAAAAAAUUGAUGCCUUACAUCAGGGAUGAUAGUGAAGAAAUAAAAAGUUUCUAUGAAAAAAUUUUGACUUGGCCCACUGUGGACAAAGAUGGACCAGAAGUGGAGCCAAUGUAA